AUGGCGCGAGGAUCGGGGGGAAUCAGGAUGGGCAACUACUUGGCCGAUAAGCACUUUCAAAGCUCGGAAAAGUAUGAUGACUAUCGCUUUGUGCACUGGUCAGCUGUGGAUUACUUUUGCUACUUCAGCCAUUCGUAUGUUACCAUACCGCCCAGUGGGUGGAUAAACGCCGCCCAUCGCCACGGCGUCCCAGUGCUGGGCACCUACAUCGUCGAGGGCGACACACUGCUGAACGAAGUGCUCGCCAGUCCAGACAGCGUGGAACGUGCUGUGGCCGCCUUAACGCGACUCUGUCUGCACUUUCAGUUCGAGGGCUGGCUGGUCAAUGUGGAGUGUGCAGUGCGACCCACAGCUAUGAACAAUCUGUACCUUUUUGUGGAGAAACUGCGCUUGGCUACGGAGACGCAGGUGCCGCAUGGACGCGUCUUCUGGUACGACAGCGUCAUCGACAGUGGCCAGCUGAACUGGCAGAACGAACUGAACGAGCGCAAUGUGCAGUUCUUUCGCCGCAGCCAUGCGAUGCUGAUCAACUAUAGCUGGAACGAUCGCAGUCUGGAGACAAGUGCGGCCGUCAUGGAGGAGGAGCAGGCGGCGGGGCAGCGUUUGUUCAUGGGCCUGGAUGUGUUCGGGCGUGGCCAGCUGGCGAAAUUCCAAAGCGCGCAGACACUGAGUCGCAUUGCCAGGCGCGGCUUCUCCGCCGGCAUCUUUGCGCCCGGCUGGUGCUUCGAGACCUUGAGCAGGUUCGGCUACAACAUACACAACACACAGGGCGAUGAGUCGGUGAACGCGGCGUUCCUGGCGCGCAACGAGCGCUGGUGGUCACGGCUGUGGCCGUGGCUGGGCACACAUGCGUAUCGCAAGCUGCCGUUCUACACGGACUUUUGUGUGGGCAGCGGACGCAGCAGUUACCAGUGCGGCGCGCGCAGCGAUGAGCGCGGCUUCUUCAAUCUGGCGCGUCAGGCGCUGCAGCCGUCGGUGCCGCUGGAUGGCAAUGCGGAGCAUAGCUUCGAUGUGGCCUUUGCCGGCGGCUGCGCCUUGCGCAUGCUCAACUACGAACGUGCCUUUCGCUUGUUCUUGACGCAGUUCGAGCUGCCGCUGGGCGUGCUGCUGCUGGGCUAUGCGCACAAGCUGGAGGAUCAUGCCAUGGAUAUUGUGCUCAGAUGCAGCGUGCCCGGCAAGCAGGCGCAGGACUUGUAUUUAUUCUGCGGCGCCUAUGCUGCGCCCAUACUGACGCCUGGACUUUGCUACAUGCCACCACUUGCCACUGCCACAUUAGCGCCGCAGCUGCAGCAUGUGCAGCUAGCCGGACAGCUGACGGACAACUGGCAAGUGCGCUAUUAUCUCAUUAGGUUUGAUGGACCCGUACAGCUCUUAGACAUCGGUGUCAAAUGCAGACGGCCCGCGGAGUCCUCAGCGUCAUCCUACUUGGGCGCCAUCUAUGUGCAACGUCUGCAGCUGACAGAUUGGCAGGCGGCAGCGGCAACAAUGGGCAAGGUCGAGCUGCCAGCAUACCAAACUCAACUCUGGAAUGCUGCUCCUGCUCCUCAAGCGGCUGCUGCUGAAUAAAACGUGUAAUUUUAAACAAACUAGAGCGACUUGCUCUCUCCGUUUCCUCUUUUACUUUGUGUACACUUUGGCAUUUCCACAAAGGAUAUAGCAGAGCAGCUUCAAGUUGUUGCAGCUUCCAGCAAAACAAACUUUGUCGUCUGUUCAUAUGUCAACUAAUUCAUCAUUUUGAUACCAUUAAAAAAAAAGCCGUAGCUUGCAUUUUAAA